AUGUGGAACAUGAUUCACGGAUUGAUAUACAGGAUCGAGGCUUUUGCCCAAGUUUCCCGGGUCGGUUUUGUUCUUGUCGGUGAACGACAGCCACUGACCGACAAGAACAAAACCGACCCGGGAAACUUGGGCAAAAGCCUCGAUCCUGUAUAUCAAUCCGUGAAUCCGUGUGUCAAGCCAAAGACAUGGAUGAAUAUAACCAGCCGUUCACCAUCCGAAAAAUAA